GGUCAUGGCAAUUGCAGUGUAAGCUCUGCGACACCACAAACAUGUCGCGUAAAGCAGUCCAGCAGAAGGAUGUGCUGGUCAAGCUCAUCGUGGGUGCCGGCCAAGCUUCACCUUCACCGCCCGUCGGUCCAGCGCUAGGAAGCAAAGGUGUAAAGAGUAUGGACUUCUGCAAAGAGUUUAAUGCGCGUACCGCAUCCUACAUCGUCGGCACCCCGAUUCCUUGUCUCAUAACCGUUCGCCCCGACCGCUCGUUCGCAUUCGACAUUCGCACACCACCCACAUCUACACUUCUUCUCCUCGCCGCAGGCGUACUGAAAGGCGGGAAAGGCAACAAGCUGCGUGGCGCUGGCCGCACACCGGGACCGACCAAUCUGGUGGAGGGUGCCAUCGGCAAAUCCAGCUCAAACACGCCCACGGUCGGCAACUCAGUCGUGGGCACCGUUGGGAAGGUUAGCUUGAAGCACGUGUGGGAGAUUGCCAAAAUAAAGCAGAGCGAGGAGAGAUUGCAAGCGCUAAGUAUGGAAGCGCUGGUGAAGAGUGUGGUUGCACAGGCGGCUACCUUGGGGGUCGUUAUUGUCCCGUGAUUAUGCCAAAGACUCGAUAGGGGGACAUAGGCUUGCAUCAAGCGGAUUACUGCUCUGUUCUACUUGAUCAUGGAGUUGGUAUGGGCUUGAUAUCAGAGGACUGACAUGACCUGCGAAGCUCAAGACCUCUUGGAGGUGAUGCACUGCAUUGUAUAGAAGCGGGCGUUAUGAGCAUAUUGAUACAAUCUCCGACCGUGUAUGUAUAUAUGUAUUUUUAUUGCAUUGUCUUGCCUCGUAUGUCGAGCAAAAGAAUACACAAAAUUUUGGCAUUCGACGCUGCUCUGAG